UUUUUUAUCAUGUGGGUAAUGCUCCGUUGGUGUCUUCACUACAAUGUUUUAAGACGGUUGUGAAAACGUCCUUAAAAAUGUCUUCGAAGAACAGUCAGCAGUCUGACAACCUUGCUCAAUAUGAGCGCACAACAAAGGAGGAUCGCAAUAAAAAGAUCAAAGAGCAAAAGAUUUUGAUUGAUGAACUGUCAAACCUAAAGAAAAACAGGAGAGUCUAUAUCCAGCAGCCCAACAGCAACAUAUUUUUCUUGUCAGACAAAGGAGAGACCUUGAGCUCGUGCAAAGUUCAACUGGAUAAAAUGAAGAAAGACCAUCAAGAUAUAUAGAACUGAGAGAUGGGAUAUCUGGGAAGAUGUGUGGAAUCUGCUUUGUAGU